AUGGCUACUGCUUCACCUCAAGUGUGGUUAGAAGAGGAGAUGAUUUGUUCCAUCUGUCUACAGAUUUACACUGAUCCAGUGAUACUGAACUGUAAACACAGCUUCUGUCAAGUCUGUAUCAAGAAAACCUGGGAUGAGGCAGUUUUUGAUGCUUAUCCCUGCCCUGAAUGUAGGGCAGAGUACAGGAAGAGACCAAUUCUACAGAAGAACUUCAAGCUUGCGAGUAUAAUCCAGAAAUGCAAGGCUCAAGAUCCUUCAAUCUGUUUGCUUUCAUGCACCAGCAAACCACACCCAGCUGUGAAAACCUGCCUGAAAUGUGAAUCUUCGAUGUGCCCCGUACAUCUCGGAAAUUCUACCAAUAGCACUGCAGACAUGUCCCUGUGGAAAUGCACAGAGCACCAGGAGCCACUGAAGAUUUACUGUAAGGAUGAUAAAGUGUGUGUCUGCACACUCUGCACUCUGAUUGGGAAACACAAGGGUCACAACUGUGGGAGCAUCAACGAGGGGGAGAAGGAACUGAGGACUUCCUUCAACAAUCGAACAGAAAAGAUCAGGAAUAACAUAGAAGUUGUACAGGUUACUCUUAGAGAUCUUCAGAAAGAAAAGCUGAAAACACAGGAUGAAAUAAAACAAAAGAAAAUUAAAAUAAAGGAGAAGAGUGAUGCACUAAAGAAGAGAAUUGAAAGUGAAGAAAGAGAAAUUUUUGACUAUCUGGACAGAGAAGAGAAGCAUGUAAUUGCAGAGAUUGAUGCCCAGAUCCAAGAUCUCAAUGGCAAAAUGAGCGAUUUCAAGAAAUACUUGACCAAUCUGAAUAACGUCUCCAAGAAAAAGGAAAUCUUCUUCAUACAGAUGUUUAAUUCUGAAGCUGGCAGAUUGAGAAGCUUAUCAAAACCGUUCGUAUCGCUUCCAUCUCCGUGCUUGGAUGCAACUAAACUGCAGCAGUUGGCGCAUUGGUCGCAGGAACAGGUGGAGAGGAACAGAGAUAUCUUGGUCUUACUGUAUGGACAGACACCGAUUCUGGAUCCAAACACAGCCCAUCCUCAAUUGGUUGUGUCUCUCAGUAAGAGGAAUGUGACGCUAACUAGGCAGAAACGAAAGUAUCCCGAUAAUCCAGGACGAUUCGACUGUUUCCCACAGGUCAUGUGUGCUGAAGGAAUGAACUGCGGCCUCGCUUAUUGGGAGGUUGAAGUUCCAGGAGGGUGUUGGAGGGUGGGAGUCUGUUACAAGAGCCUGAGCCGGAAGGGCCCAGGUGCUAAAUGUUCCCUGGGAAUGAAUGAUAAAUCAUGGAGCUUGUGCUCAGUGUUAGGCUCAUAUACUGCACUGCACAAUGGGAACAAAAUGAAAAUAACUGCUGAAAACCCAUCCAGAGUGGGAGUCUACGUGGAUUUUGAGGCUGGAAUAAUUUCAUUUUACAGUGUGUCUGACAGGAAACUAACCCUGUUAUAUUCCUUCCAACAGCAAACAUUCAUUGAAGCCCUCUACCCAGCUCUGACAGUUAAUGAAUGUGAUGAUUGCAUCACCAUAUGUGACUUGAGUUUCACAUUUUCAUAAGUCUUGAAUUAUUAAUUUUUGAUCUGUUUGAAGAAAGUACUCAGGAGUUUGAUCUCUUAGUUCUAAUGAUGUGACCAAGUAAAAUGUUAAUGGUCUCAUUUUCUAUUGGCUGCAGAUUUUAGACAUUUAAAGGCAAAAUUAUGAAGAAAUGCUUCUAGACAAAGAUCACUGGUGGUUUCUGCAAAAUUGAUCAGUUUAUUUUUCAUAAUUUUGAUAUUUAAACUACAUUCUAUUUUUACGUCUUUUGUACGUUAAAAAUCUUAUGUUUGUGUAUACUUCUUGUCUAUACAAUCUUACUUCCUGAUGUUACAUUUCUCUCAACCUUUAUCCAUAAUAAAUUGCUUCAUCCACAUUUAUAACUAAAAAUCCCUAUUGUAAAACUGUACACUGACUUAUCUGAGGUGGUAUUCAAUCCCCUAUUUCUCUUUCUUAGGGGAUCUAGUAUCACAGAAUUGUUACAGCACUGAAGGAGGCCAUUCAGCCCCUCAUGUCUGCACUGGCUCUCCAAAUGAGCAUUUCACCUAGUGUCACUCUCCUGCAUUCUCCCCGUAACCUUGCACAUUUUUUCUUUUUAGAUAACAGUCUAAUCCCCUUUGAAAGCCUCAACUGAACCUGCCUUCACCAUACUCUCAGGCAUUGUAUUCCAGAUCCCAACCACUCGCUGUGUGGAAAAGAUUUCCCUCAUAUUACUUUUGCAUCUUUUGUCAAUUACUUUAAAGCUAUGCCCUAUCUUCUCAAUCCUUUCAUGAGUGGGAAUAGUUUCUCCCUAUCUACAUUGCCCAGGCCCUCGCAAUUUUGAAUUACUCUUAUCAAAUCUCCUCUCACCCUCCCCUUCUCCUAGGAAAACAAUCCCAACUUCUCCAAUCUAUCUUCAUAACUGAUGGUAGAUAAUAAGAUAACUAAUUUUCAUCCCUGGAACCAUUCUUGUAAAUCUUUUCUCCACUCUCUCCAAUGCCUUCACAUCCUUCCUAAAGUGCGGCGCCCAGAACAUCAUUCAUCAAAGCUAAGCUGUUUGUGAUUUGAAAAACCCACCAGAAGACCUCAUUGCUGUAAGACAAGAGUUCUUAAAGGAGAAUUCUGAAUAAACACCACUGUCUCCAAUUAGAAACCCCGUGAACUAGCAGCUACUGUGGACCAGGACAUUUCAGUUGUGAACAAACAUCUAGACACUCCAUGAAUAAUUUUUUUUCUGACUACUUGUUACCUGGCCAAGUUUUUAAUAUCUGAUACUCUGCAGAGUUUUAUUUUCUUUUUUGU